UCAGUCAUGGCCGACGACUGCAGAAGACAGGGGUUUGAGCUCGAAAGAAGGAUUUUUGAGUUGGAUAACAAGUGCGCCAGUCUCCGGAUAGAAAAGCAAGAUGAUGACUAUUUACAGAAUGCGUCUGCCAUACUAGACAAGUUGAAAAGCUAUUACAGACAAGGGGGAGAGAGUAGCAGUCUGCCAAAACUGCUCCAGGAUUACGCACAGGUGGUUCUGGACAUCACGUUCUAUGAGGAGAAUAAGCUGGUGGACCAGGAGUUUCCAGAGGACUGCUCCCCAUACAAGAUCCAGCAGCUGCUGCAGGACCUGACCGAGCCCGAGGUGCUGGCGGGCAGACUCGCACCUGCCCAAGAGGUUCAGUCUGUGCUGGGGCUAGAGCUGCUGGAAUGCCUGUACUGGCGGCGGGGGGCGCUGUUGUACAUGUACUGCCACACCCUGCACCAGAGGAAGCAAUGGAUCAAGAAGAACAAAGCUACCUUCCUGAAGUGUCUUCACGAAGGCGUGCGCUACCUGAUGAGGAUGCUCCAGGUGAGGAACUCGGUGAAGCUCAACGAUGGCGUGGUGUUCCAUGACUCCGCUACAGCCAACUUCCUGGCUGAAGGCAUCUUUUCGGACACCCACCUACUGACCAUGAUGUACAUAGGGGAGAUGUGCUUCUGGGCGGUCAAGUACGAGGAUUGUGGCAUGGAGACAACGGAGAGGAAGGAGGAGAGGUUGCAGUUCCGGGACAUCGGCACCCAGAUCCUGCACAAGUACGUGCUGGUAUGCGAGGGUCCCCUCCAGGGCCAGGGCUGGAACACCGAGAAUGCCAAGGAGAUCCUCAACAUCUUACAGUAAACAGAGGGGUAGGGGUGUCUGUAAAAUAAAAAGUUCACACAGUGGAAAGAGGAAAAAAAAGCCCCUUCCCCUCCUCAUCCCCAAAAGCACUUAAUCUUCCAGACUGUUGGCUGGGCAUGUGUUUGCUCUGAGAAUGUGGUUUAAAAAAUAAAAAUGAAAAAAAGGAAAAAGAUCUUAAUUCAGCUGGGAAUGGAACAUCACACAACAGCUACUUGUAUUUAUUAUUUUUAUUUUUUAUUU